UCUUUUCAUUUCAUUUUCCUUCAGAUAACAACAAAAUAGUCCGAAGCAACAAAAAAUCUAUGAAAAAAUUAGUGGUAUCUAAAUUCGAUACGCUAUCUAUGAGAUAGAAUACUCUUAUCAAUCCUAUCCUAUAAAAACAGGCUUCUUCUUAAGUUUUUUUUGCUCAAUUCAGCAUUCGAAAGAGUACGAACUCUAAUAAUCCUAUUAAAGAUCAUUUUCACAGUGCUAUCACUAAAAAAAUGCCUUGCCCUUUUCAAACAAAAUUACUAGAUUUAUCAAUUUUAUAUAGCUCUCAAUCUCUCUGUUUGACUGUGAAAAAGUCUUGAAUGCAUUUAUCGCAUAUGUGCGUCUCCAUUGAAUUUAUACACAAUCGGAAUGUUGACGUUUAUGUGCUGUCAAAGUGAUGUUGACAUUCAAUUCGGAGCUGAGUUUUUUUCAGUUCGGAAUGGCAAAACACCAAAGGUAUUUUCAUUCGUUUAUUUAUUUGUUUUGAUUGAAUAUUGGUUAGAACUUAUUUAUCUGCCAUCAGUGUUUGAACGGAUUUCUCUUAAAUCUCCGUAAAAAUGUAUUCAAUGUCAUUACGCAUAGCCCGAAUUGGUUUCAAUUGUAGUUUAACACAAUUUGCAGACCUCAAAUUGAUGCCAAUUCGAACUUUGUUCACGAGAGAAGAGCUUGGAGUGACUCAAUUUGAACGGCACAGACAGAAUGCCCACGCCGAUUACAUAAUUCCGGAACAGAUUGAGGAAUAUAAACAGCGAUUUGUAAAAGAAUUUGAGAAUAUGCGAUUGGACGAGAUGAGGAACAAUUUGAAACAGUAUAUCCUAUUGAUUGAUGGCAAACCAGACGAAUUUAACACACUGAAAUCAUUGUUGACCGAUUACUAUAAAACAUACAAUAAUAGCGUUCAUCACGUAUCCGAUUUUGUGUUCGGAACACCAAUUAUGAGAUUGUUGUAUUUCUUAAACUUGCCCGAUGAAGCGGUUAAGCUAUUCAACGAUCCGGACAUGAGAUCAGUUUUUGAGCAAAUGCAAACGUAUAAAGUACUGUUAACUUUAUUGUACGAUAACAAACGAUAUGCCGAGGUGUUUGAGUUGUACAAACAAAUACGAACGCGUUUGGAUCUCUUUGAAUUAUUUCCGGACAUAACAAUAAAUUGUUUGGCUUUUGCUGCGUGCUACCAAUUGAAUACUCCUGAACAUUUCCAAUAUGCAGACGAGCUAUGGAAACAAGCACAAAAUGUCAAGCAGUUAAGCAGAUCAAGAUACCUUCUCGCGGGAUUAGCCAUUAAACAAAACAGCCCGAAAUAUGCGUUGGGCCUAGUUAGAAGUCCAUUUCCUUAUGCAACCGUGAGGUUCCUUCGAUUGGCGGCGUUCACGCAGCUUGGCUAUUACGACAAAGCGAUUGACAUUUUACAACAGUCGGUUGCCAAUUUUAAACUUAACUCUACCAGCACUAAACCAUCUUUCGGGAAACAAAUGGUUGAAGAUUUGCGCAAAGCAAUUGAAAAAUCUGGGCGGAAAAAGGAUUUGAGUGAUUUUCAAAAAAUUCACGAAGAACUCACGUCACUGAGCUUAUUAAGUGAUGAAACACUGGAUGAGCGGUUGUGUGCAACGUUUCCACCCAUGCUGCCCAAAAAUCUAUACCAAAAGAUGAAAAACAAAACAUUUAAAGCUAAUAAUUAGUUUUCUAUAUUUUUUGACUCGAUGAUUUAGAAUAUUUCAUUGAGGUUGUAGAAUAAACAAAUUGAAAUGACGUUUCAGACGUUGGUGUAACUAUCAUACAAAUUGUCCUAAGCUAAUAGCAAAAAAGGAAAUAAAAUUGAACCAAAAUAACAAAACAAA